CCUGAAAAGGCAAUAAGAACAAUAGUAAAACGUAGCACAGAGUCACGCGUGGACUGCUGGCGCCACCUAGCGGUAGGAGGAAUAGUAAACAGUUCUCUCCCUUCAACUUUCCAGACGUCAAGAGUAAUUUGAUUGCUUUUUGGCAGAGUCGAAGGGAUGACUUAGAUAACCCAACAGGACGAGUGUCCGGGUCUGAUCCACUCCACUAUGUCCAGUUACUAUUACAAGGUGACCCCUCCACCCAAGCCGCCGGUCAUGAUUGGCACAAAGAGAAUCAGUCAGGAAGAGCUGGUAGACGUAGUGGCCCGUCUGUCCAGGCCAAGCAGUGCCAAGAUGUCUGGUUUAACGAACUCACAGCAGACGACGAGUUCACGCUUCAAGAAACGAGUUGAACUUGACCUUGAAAGAUUCCUGCGGCGAAUACAGAGGCCCACGUUGUCCCACCAACUGUCUCGGCAGAGAGCGGAGACGACGAUGGAUUCCGACAGCCGGCCCGCCACGGCCCCGAGGCCCCUGAGCCGCGUGGAACUGGACAAGGUGCUGACCCAGCUGUCGAGGUCCACCGCGGCCAGCCGGGCGAAAAGUGCCGUGGAGUGUCACUUGUGCGGUGAGCGAGACAGGGAGCUCAACAAACAGCUCGUCCCCUUUGUCUACCCCCACGCCGACGACCGGGCAGUGAGCGAGGAAGAAGCUGGGGCCAUCGUGGCCAGGGUCAGCUCGGCCACCAAGUCCAGCGAGAGGGGCGGGGCUGCGCCGUGUCCGCGGGUGCCUCCCGACCUGGACGCUGUCCACGCCCUGUCGCGCGAUUUACCUCUGCUCUCUGGCCUGCGUCGCAGCAAAAGUGUGGCAGAAGUAGUGCAUAGACUCUACAGCAGCCAGGGUCGACACGGUCUUAAUCAGGGACGUCGCCCUCAUAAGUUCACCCCUCAAGCUACGCCUAUAUCAGGACCAAAGACAACUUAGCUAUACUCUUAUUGUACAUUACUUAGCUAGAAUGUUACUGUACAUUACUAAGCUACAUAUAGGCCUACGACUGUGUUGUUUCAUGUAUUUAAAUAUUUAACAUGUAAAUUUAUUUAUUGAAUAUUGUUGUAUAUAAUAAUGCAAUCGUCAAACAAGAUUUUGUUGUGUUGAAAAUAAAGGUACAGUAAUAUUAUAA